CUCCCCUUCUUUUUAUACAAAAAUGAUAUCUAACAGCACGUGUUGACAAGAAAAUUAUUAAAACAGAACAUAAUAAACAAAAACCCGCACAAUGCGUAUUGAAACGUGCUACUUUUGUUCUUCAAGAAUAUUCCCAGGUCACGGUAUCCAAUUUGUACGGAACGAUUGCAAGAUUUUCAAAUUUUGUCGCUCAAAAUGCCACGCAGCCUUCAAAAAGAAGAAGAAUCCACGCAAAGUGAAAUGGACUAAAGCAUACAGAAAGACCGUUGGCAAAGAAUUAGCCAUUGAUCCGUCAUUUGAAUUCGAAAAGAGGAGACAUCUCCCGAUCAAAUACAGCAGAGAGACGUGGAAUAAGGCCGUUGAAGCCAUGAAGAAAGUCGAAACUAUUAAACAGAAGAGGCAGGCGAAUUAUAUCAUGCAAAGGUUACGAAAAGGGAGAGAACUUGAAGAACAAAGAGAUGUUAAAGAAGUGCAAAGAGACUUAUCGCUCAUCAAAUCACCAGCUGCUGGACUUAAAGACAGGAAAGAGAAGGAAAAAGAAACUGUUGAUGAACAAAUGUCAGAGAGCGGAGAAGAAAUGGAAGGUGUGGUUGAAGAUGGGGGUGAAGUUACUUUGUAGACAUGUAAUAAAUUUGUUUUAUAAAGUGAAAAA